CUCCUUCCACUUCCUAGGCCUGCCCAGUACCGGCUUUUGCCCUUUCGGGACCCCUAGCCUCUCAGCCUCAGCUUCACCCCCCCGUCCCCAUUUCCUUGCCCUAAGUCCUCCCUCAGGUGCUAGGCCCCCUUACGCCCCUGGGUGUCACCCUCUGCCCACUCCAGUUGCCCACCUACAACCCCCGCUCCAUGCCCUUCUGCACUGCUAGGCAGCUCCCAGAGACUUCCUGGAAGGAAGCAGCAGCCAGGCCUGCCACAUGGACAUUGAUGCACUGAGCAGUCCUUGGGACAGUUCUCGUUCUUCUUCCAGUUGUGAGGAGGAGCCAUAUGGAAGGCUAGCAGUGUCGGAACUCUUGGCUGGUGCUACCGAGUCCUUGUGCAGUCAGGAAGAGGAGGGACAGAAGAAGCAGCAAAGCCAUCAAGGGAAUGGAGCAGGAGUUCCCCAGCAGGAUGGUUCAUGGAUGAAUAUUGCUUUCACCCACUCGCAAGCAUCCAGAGCCUCUGCUGAGGGGGAGAGCCAUCUUCAGGCACCAAGGAAAAAGGUGGCAAGCAGGAGAGUGGAUCAGAAGAACCCUCCGUUUGAGGACUUUAAGGGAACUUUGAUAGAUCAAGACCCCAAAGAUGCUAAAUCUCAUCAACAUUCCGUGAAAAAUCAGAGAGCCUUUGUUUACGAGUCCAGCUCAACAGAACAUGCUCAAGUAGGAGAUCCACCACCAUUGGCUAAGCUGGCCUUAGCACCAGCUGAAAAAAGAGAGGAAUGUGACAACUCAGAGGCUCGGUCUGAGAUCAAAAGUCCGAGGCGGAUGCAGCCCCUUACCAAGAGCACACAAACUGAAGAAUCCUCUCCAAACCAAACCCAGCUACCCUGCUUCCCAGAUGGCAGAGGGAACAAGAACAGCUUUGGGCUUGAGAAGAGGAACUCUCCCCCUCCACUGGGAGGAGCAGGAAGGAAGUGGGCUGAGGGCUCUGUAGUGGAGCGUGAAGAGGAACUGAAAGAGCUUGGUUGGAUUAACUAUGGGUUCACUACGGAGCCACUGUAUAGAAAGCUUGAUUGUCCCAUGGAGGAAGGAGUUAAAGUGGGGACUGUAACAGAUGUUAGUUAUAAAGAUGACCACUGCAUGUACUGCUUUGACUAUGGAAACAGACAUUAUUACCAGCCUAAGAAAGAUCAUGAGAGAGCCUACAUGAUGAAGCUGGCAGAAAGGUCUGAGAAGGUGAUUCAGCAAAACCUGAGGGAAUUCUUUGGCCUGCUGAGGAUCUUGAUGAACGUGGUCCUUGUUUUCCUUAUUGAGCUGGUCCGCUUUCUCGGCAAAUCAGUGUUCCAGGUCUUGGUGGUGGGCCUGCUGACAACUGUAGGAGAUCACGUUCUUAAGCCCUUCUUGGUUGGCGUGUUUAACAGCCUCCUGCAGCCCCUGCUGCUAUUCCUAUUGAAUGUCCUUUGCAGUGUCCGGAACCUGACUUAUCCUCUUAUCGACAUCCUGAAAGGCAUUUGUUUGCAGCUGGCUGUGGUGCUUCAAGCCUUCAGAUUAGUAGAAGUCAACAUACAGUCAAAGACACCAUUAGCUCAGAAGGUUUAGGCAGGAGACCAAAAUCACUUUGACAGGCAGUGAGACAAGCUUCACUCUGGAUGCCCCUGGACGUCUUUCCAGGUGCACUGUCCUGGUGGCAGCUUGCCAGCAGCCUGAGCUAACGUGCAGCAGAGUGGAGCAGAACGCAGCCCUCUUCAUCAUGACAAUAUGGAUGUGGCCUCCAGACACUCCCUGUCUGAGCACUCAGUGCUUCAUCUUCAGCCAAGCAAGACCAUCAUUGCAUGCUGGACCUGGAGCAGGCCAUGCAGUCUGCACUGGGUGUAGUCAAGCUGAGGAUGACCAUGUACUGACUACAUUAGGCAAAGAACUGUGCUUGCACUCUGGGGACCCCUGCUCUAACCCCUCCCAAAGGGGUUUGUAAUCAGCCAUUCAAAAUCCUGAAGCAUGGGAAGCUCUGUGGAUUGACAGUGGCACAGGGACCCAGAUGGCAGAGUGAGGUGGGCAGUAAUGGCUGCUCUGGAAUUGGCUUCCUAGGGGAGGGUCGAAACCCGUCCUCAGAUGGCUCUGUCAGAGCCAUGUGGAGACCAGGGCAGGUGACCACCCAAACAGGAAAAACAAGUGUAGCUGGAUGGUUCUGUCUAAGGCACUGGACGCGAAGCACAGCCGAGCCUGUCUAUAACUUGCUAGUGCCCAGUACGACCUCCCUGUAAAAUAAAAACUCCACAACCUGGACACGGUGUCUCGAACAAGCUUUUAUUCCUCCUCUCCCUGCUGUGAAGUCUCUGCCUUUCACUGGGAAGUGACAUUGAUACCACUGUUGAGACUGGAUUGUCUCCUGCAUGGCAUCCCCUGACAGUCGGAGUCAAGCUGUAGGAGUCGGGCUUAUUCAGG